AUGACCAAUUUUAGUUCACAGUAUGGUGGAGCAGUGGCAUUAAACACAGCAAUAAAAGUGACCGGUCUUACAAAAGCAGUAACUACGGACUACGGCACGUUUAUAACAAAUAAAUCAUGGAAUUCUUCAAUUUUUAUUGUCUGCUUGAUAUCAGUACUACUUGCGAACAUCAUGACUGGCAUAGCUGCUUGUUGCACUUUUUUGCCGUUUGUUUUAAAUAUGGCAGGGGAAGGUGUAUCAGAAGCAUGGCAAAAACGAUUGUAUCUGGGGACACUAGGUGUUGGCAUUGGAACAUCAUUCGGUUUUGUUAGCCCAUUCUAUUUCACUCCCGCAUAUUUUUGCCAUCAUACAGGGAAGGUACCUCAGAAGAAAAUGGUGAAAUAUGGGAUUGGUAGUGCUAUUAUUUGCAUGAUUAUUUUAUGGCUUGCUUUGUGCUUUUACGCUCCAAUAAUUUUUGACCCGGAUUAUAAAGGAAUACCCGUUUACCAAAUUGGAACUGCAGGAACUGCAGAAACUACUACUGCUGCGCCUCCUCCUCCGUAG